AACAGUGAUGGUAACAACAAACGAAUAAAAUAUUGUUUAUUUUCAUAUUUUUAGUGCGUUCAGUUACUUCGAGUUGUUUGGAUGGAAUUGUACCGGUUAAAAAUUAAAUAAAAAAUUUAAUGUUAAAAAGAAAUAAUAAAAAUUUUUGAAGGAAAAAAAAAUACCAAAAAAUAAAAUUAGAAAUAUAAUUUCUUAUUAUUAAAACAACAUUUUACAAAAUAUUAAAUUUUAAUAAUAAACGAAUAAUUUAUUAAUUAAAAUAAUUUUUAGGAAAUUUAUUUCAUUAUAUAAAAUUGGAUCAGAUGUGUAUUGAAUCAUUUUUAGCAAGUUUAUUCUUAAAAAAUCAGCUGUACUAAUAAAAGCAUUUUAUACUGUAUAAGUACUAAAAUUAUUAUACUAUAUUAAAAGUGUGUAAAUAUAAGUACGGAAAAUACCUACGUAUAUAAAUUCCUAUAGUAAAUAUAAAUAAAAAUAGAUUUAUUAAUUUAUUAAAACCAUAACGGAAAUCCUUAUUAUUAAAAAAAAAAUUUGUAUAAUUUUUUAAGAAGAACAAACAGAAAUGAAAUGCCGCCAGCAACUUCAAAUGAAUUACUUUUAAAUACAGAUUCUAAAACAGUUAAAGAAAAUUCUUCAUCAAUUGAUAAUAAAAUGUGCCUAACAACAUUAAAUGGAACAAACCCUACACCACCAUCAUCAAACAAUUCAGAUUCUAAUGCAACAAUCCCAGUAAAUACCAAUACAAAUAACAAUAGCAAUCUACCAUGUUCAUCAAAUAUCAAUAUAAAAUCUGAAAUAAAUGAUAAUAAUAAUUCAAUUGAACAAUUUGAUAGUGUUAUUAAACAAAGAAAAUGUGAGACGACGAAAAAUGCAGAAACAUCUUCAGGAAUUGCUGUUAAAUCAUUAGAUAAUAAAAAUAAUGAUAUUAAUACGAGUGUAGUAAAAGAUUUCUUAGAAUCUGAGAAACUCGAGAGUACAAAUGACGAUGAAAAUUUAAAUAAAGAAUUUCAUCCACAAAUUAGAUGGCCAGAUUUAAUAGUUCAAGUAUCAUUGCAUUUAGGUCUUGUUUAUGGAUUUUAUUUGUUAUUUUAUGCAAAAUAUUUAACAGUACUAUGGUUCUUUACAGUGCUAGUUGGCUCAGGUUUUGGUAUAACUGCUGGAGCACAUAGAUUAUGGUCACAUAGGGCUUAUAAAGCAAAACUGCCACUACGUUUAAUUUUAAUUUUCCUAUUCACCAUUGCAGGACAGCGCGAUGCUUAUACCUGGGCUUUAGAUCAUAGAAUUCAUCAUAAGUUUUCUGAAACAGAUGCUGAUCCACAUAAUGCAAAACGUGGUUUCUUUUUCGCUCAUGUUGGUUGGUUAUUUUUAACUCCACAUCCUAGAGUAGUUGAAAAACGUAAAGUUAUUGAUAUGACAGAUUUAGAACAAGAUCAAAUAUUACAAUGGCAAAAACGUUUAUACAUUCCAUUGUUUGCCCUAUUAGUUAUUGGAAUGCCAACAUUGGUACCAUGGUAUUUUUGGCAAGAAGAUUUAUGGAUUGCAUUCUGGACAUGUUUCUGUUGUCGAUUUACAGCUGUUUUAAAUAUUGCAUUUUUCGUUAAUAGUGUAGCGCAUAUGUAUGGAAAUAAACCUUACGAUAAAAAAAUAAGUCCUACAGAAAGUUUACCAGUAGCUAUUGCUGCAUUAGGUGAAGGAUGGCAUAAUUAUCAUCAUGUUUUUCCAUGGGAUUAUAAAACCGGUGAAUUUGGAGAUUAUAAAUUUAAUAUAUCGACUGCAUUCAUAGAUUUUUUCAGUAAGAUUGGAUGGGCUUAUGAUCGUAAAUCAGUUUCGAAAGAUAUGAUUGCUCGUAGAGCAGCAAAAUGUGGUGAUGGAUCACAUUUUCUUUGCGAUGAAAUGGUUCAUCAAGAUCCGGUAUGGGGCUAUGGCGAUAAGGAUAUACCAAAAGAAGACGUUGUUGAAUUAGAAAAAAUGCACGAUUAAAUAACUAGGAGUAUUUUUAAAAUCGGAUUUACAAAAACAAAAAAAUUAACGUUGUUUAAUUAAUUCAGUGAAUUGUAAUGGUCGCAAAAUAAAUUUGAAAAAUAUGAAUUUUCAGUUUAUUAAUGAAAAAAGUUUAUUAAUAGCUUUUAAAAAAAAAUAAUUUCAUAUAUUUUUUUUUUGUAUUUAUACAAAAUAUAUAUAUUUUUUUUGUUAUUUGUUAAAAAUAAAAUAUAAUAUAGAACAAAAUGUUCAGCUAUAAAUGUAUAAUAAAGUAUUUUGUUAUAAG